AUGGAUGUUGUUCAACAAACAUAUGGUUUAAAUCAAAAUGAUCAACCAUCAACUGAUCAUCAAAUAACAAAAUAUUUAAGCAUAACAUGUUCUGAUUCGAAAUCCAUUGAAAAGCAUCAUAAUUUAUCAUCACAAUCAACAGGUCAAUCAUUGGAUUUAACUAUAAAUGAAUCAAGAAAUUCACCAAAAUCAGAUAUAAAAUGUUCUAAUGAUAAAUUAAAACAAGAUUUCUCUCAAAUAAAACUAUUAUCUAAUUCAUUUAAUACCAUCAUUAAUGAUAAGGAAAAUUUAAAUUAUUAUCAUCAAUACAGUAACACUAAUAAUAACAAUAAGAAGAACAAAAGUUUUGAUGUAACUGAUUAUCAGUCACAAGAAACUGAUCAUUUUACAGAUUCAUUCAAUAGUUCAACCUCUUGUACAUCAACAUCUGAUUACAUUCAAAUUCAAGAAGACAUUACAGAUAACACUGACAAAGAGGAACUUGAAAGUCGUCGUAAACGACGUAAACAAAUAUUGCCACAGCAAAAUUUUCACUUCACUCCAGUUAUAACUAAUAAUAAGGACGAUUUGAUGGAAGUUAAUGACACAUCAAACGAAAAUGAAUUGAUCAGAUUCAUAGAUUGUAAAUUAGAUGACAGUAUGAGCUAUCAACCGAAAAUAAGAAAAUUAUCUAAUUCUUCACCAAAAAAUGAUGUGGAGCAUUUAAAAAUAGAAGAAUUAGAAGAAGUGAAGGGGAAAGAACAUACAGAAGAGAAUAUAGAGAAUAAAGAUGCUGUGGAAAGGAAUUCAGAUAUUCAUAUGAUACAUGCGGAUAAUGAUCAUGAACUUAAUCAAACAGAUAAAUCAUUCAAUAAAAGUUUCUCUCAUAUUAUUAAUAUGAAUUCAGAAUGUAAUAAAUUAAUUAAUGAAUUAAGUCAAUAUGCUAUAGAAGCAUUUCGUCAAAGUUUAACAAUUAAAUCAACAAAAUUACGUCAUAGUUUAGAUAAUGAAAUGAAUAGAAACAAUUGUAACGAUGAUAUUGAUGACAGCAACACUACUACUACUACUACUACUGAUACUACUACUACUAAUGAUAAUGAUAAUACAGAUGAAAAAAUUAUUGAACAAACAUUAUUAAAACUUGAACCACAUAUCACUGAAUUAGUUGAUCAAUCAUUAAGAACAAGUAUUGAAACAAUUAAAAAAGAAAUGUUAGCUAAUUUUAAAGAAAUUAAUAUUAAUUUAAAUAAUAGUAAUAAUGAUUCAUUAAAUUAUCAAUAUGAAAUUAAUAAAAAUAAUAAAAAUAAUGAAAAAUUACAAAUUACAAAUAAUGAAACAUUGAAUGAAACAACAAAUUUAUUUAAAUAUACUACUGAUAUAAAUGAUAAUAAUAAUAAUAAAGUAUUAACAUGUCAAAAUUUAAUUCAAUCAAAUUCUGAAUUAUUGAUUAAAUCUAAUUUAAAUCAUGAAUUAAAACAAAAUAAUCAAUUUAUUGAUCAUUUAAAAUGUGAAAAAAUUGAAUAUUUAACAAAUCAUUUUAAACAAUAUUUAAAUAAUUUAUCAAUAUUAUCAAUCAAUACAAAUAAUAUUAAUAAUAAUAAUAAUUUAAUAAAACAAAUAAAUAAUAAUAAUAAUAUAAAUUUAUUAAUAAAUGAAAAUAUAGAAAAAUCAAAAAUGGAUUCCAAUAAUUUAUCAAAUAUAAUAACUUAUUCAAAUGAUUCUAUUCAAUCGGAUUAUAAAACAUUGUUAAAAUUACCUAAUAAUAAUAAUAAUCUUACAUUGAAUUCAAUAGAUCAUCAUAUAAAUAUAGAUGAUUCAACUUGUAAUGUUAAUCAGAAUGAUUCAAAUAAUUGUAUGGAUACAACUCAUUUGAAUGAACAAAUUAUACCUAAUGUAUAUGGUAUAAAAGAAAAUUUUUCAAAAUUUUCAUCAUAUUUUUCUAAUAUAAAUGAGAAUAAUCAAAUAUAUUCAAGAAUUUCAUCGAAUGAUUUAUCUAUGAUUGAUAAUAAUUCACCUCCAUCGUCCACCCAGUCAAUUGACUGUGUUAAUUUCAAUCAAUCAGUUGAUAUUAACUCAUCUGAAAUUGUUACUUCAUCAAUGUUGACUAAUACUACCACUUCGACAUCUCCAUCAUGUAAUCCUGUAACAGCAGCAGCAGCAGCCGCUGCUGCUUUAGCUAAUGUCUUGGGAUUUCCAAUUCCAUACGGUUGGUCACCUAAAACACUAACUGAUGUGCAAGAUGCUUAUGGAUUACUAUCAAAUCCAUAUUAUCACUGGCCGUGGAAACUUCUUAAUUCUCCUUAUGCAUCAAAAUAUUCUGAUCAAAAUACACUUCUUCAAUCUAGUUCACUAGUUAAUAAUACUAUGAAUAUUAUAGAGCAAAUGAAUAAAGUAAACCCGGAAUCAACAUUGGAUUCCUGUCUGAAAUCAAAAUUUCCCCUUAACGACGAAAAUAAACAAAAUAAUAUAAUGAUGUUUAACGAUGCAACCUCUUUGUCAACACAUGCAACGUCAUCAGAUGAACAGGUGGAAGCUAUACCUUUAAUAGUAAGACAUGAUAGAAAAGUAAAUAAACCCGGUUCAGUUAUAAAUUGUAAUAGUACCAUUUAUAACAGCUGUUCAUCAAAUUUGACAACUAGUACUAACGUAACAACGGCACCAAUAACAAAUGAGAGUAACUCAUUUCAUGGACCAACUAUAAGUCGCAGAAGGCGCACUAAAGUUACUGACACACGUUUAACUCAUUCACGUGUUUCACGUUGUCCAAAUAAUGCAUAUUCCAAUCUUAUGAUGACGAAUUCUGUCAUGCACCAAAACAAUCGACACCAUCAUAAUCAACCAAUAUCACAACAACAGUCAUUUCUCCAAUCAACCUCAGAAAGUAAUGACUUGGGACAGGCAUUAAAUUUGGUUACAUCAACUUCGACGUCUUUUGGAUUGAGUGGGAACCAAUUGCUAACUAACGAUAAAGAAUCCUUAAUUACAAGCCAAAGUCUUUUACCAGGUAUAAACCCGGCCAAAUAUUGCGAUACUGUUGUUUCUACCUGUACUACUACUUGUAGCAAUAUCAACAACACGAGUAAUGUAAAAUUAGAUGAUUUCUAUUCCGCUAAGUAUCGAUCAGAAAAUCAGAUUCAUAGUAGCGGUAGUAAUAAUAGUAGUCCAUCACCAAUUUCAUUGCGUCUUUCAGGCUAUUCGAAAGAGUUGACUGAUAAUACUUCAGAAAAUCCUAAGGGACACUGUCAUGAAAAUGUAGACAUUUUAGAAUUAGACAAGAAUAUUGAUUAUCAGCGUAACGGAGCGGAUGAGAAGUUACAUUGUUUGAAUAUACUUCAGGAAUAUAAAUCAUUUGAAAAGAUGUUUGCGAAAACACUGAAAAAUUAUCCAUUAUCUGCAAAAUCAAAUUUGCUUAAUAACAUCGGUACACUACCUGCAGUUAUGAAUACUGUUUCCUCUUCCGCGCCCCCCACUUACUCUCCAUCUGUUUUCAAAGAUAUAAAUACGUCAUUGGAAGUGACCACUUCAGCAUCAUUAUCCAUCUCUUCUACAUUCCCUACUUCAUCUUCUACUACUUCUGUGCCUGUUACUUCUCUUUGUUCAUCAGCUUGUUCAGACAUUAAUCAACGUAAAUUGUUGUCAAGAUUUAAUCAAAUUUGUAUGUUAAAUUCACGCCUGCCUAACUCGUUACCACCUAUUCCUCCGAUGUUUUUCAAUCCUACAGAGGAUACAAUUAACAAUAAUUUCAAUCAUAUCAGUAAUAAUAAUACCAACAAUACAAAUAAAUUUUCCACCGGUAAUUUUUACGAUUAUACAAGUAUACAGAGUGAUGGACAUGAAAGACAACAACAGUCUCUUUCACAUAGUUUUGGAGCAAAAAAUGAUCUUAGCUAUUCUCAUCCACAUAAUCUUUCUUUAUCAUCUUCCCUUCCUUGCAAAUCUCUCAGUCCAUACUCACAAUCUCUAAAAUCAUCUAUAUUUUCGCCAUCACAAUCGUUAGCAUCAGUCAUAGGAAGUAUCGAUUAUAAUACUGCCAUUACUACUGCUGCCAAUAACAGUAUUGACCACAAUAAUUAUAACAAUAUAACAACUAUAUCUAGUUUACAAAAUAAACAUCAGCGUCUACAACAAAAUCUCCCCAAUUUAAAUAGUAAACGACAUCAUAAUCACAUGAGUUACAUAAACAAAUUAUACGAUAAAUUCAAUGCAAAUGAAAAUUUACGCAAUAUAAAGCUUGACAAAUCACUAUUAUUGAACGACAAUUUUAGCGGUGAGUCAACCAGUGGGAUGACAAUAUCAGAAUCUUAUCAAAAUCAACUGAUUAAUUAUUCACAUGAACUACGAAUGACAACAACUUUAACACCGGUACAUUUACGUAAAGCAAAAUUGAUGUUUUUUUAUACACGUUAUCCUAAUUCAACAUUAAUUAAAAUGUAUUUCCCUGAUGUGAAAUUUUACAAAAAUAAUACAGCUCAAUUAGUGAAAUGGUUUAGCAAUUUUCGGGAAUUUUAUUACAUUCAAAUGGAAAAGUAUGCACGAGUUGCCAUAUCUGAGGGAAUACGUAUUGCUGAUGAAAUACAUGUAACAAUUGAAUCUGAAAUAUACAGAGCUUUAAAUUUACAUUAUAAUCGUAAUCAACAAUUAGAGGUACCAGAUCAUUUUCGUAUUGUUGUUGAAGCAACACUACGUGAAUUUUUCAAUGCACUUUAUACUGGUAAAGAUUCAGAACAAUCAUGGAAAAAACCAAUUUAUAAAGUGAUAGCUAGAAUGGAUCAACCAGUUCCAGAAUUUUUCAAAAGUCCUAAUUGGAUGGAUCAAUUAGCUGAUGGAUAA